AUGGUUAUGAAGCCCAAAUCGAAUCUAAAGGUUCCUUCUAAACACCAGAGAUCGUGGUCUAGUGAUCUUACUUCUUUUCUGAAUGGUGAUCCAGUUUAUGGCUACAGCAACACUUUACAAAAGAGAUUAAAUGUAAAGAUUGUUUCUUUGAUUACAGGGUUCUUAUUAUUAUUCUAUAUCUUUUCAAGUUUAUUCAGUGGUGGACCACCAGCUUCUACUUCAAUUACUAUCAAGAAGUCUAAUUAUCCUGCAGCUAGAGGUGUUUAUAUCAAUGAAAUACAAGCUUCAAGUCCACUUAUUUAUCCACACGUCGAUCAUGCUAAGGUUCUAAAAGAAAUUGGUAUUAGAGGUUUGUAUAUUUUAAGACUUCAAAGCAAUGGUGAUAAUCGUUAUGUUAUCAAGCCUGAUGAUAAGCCAUUGUCUGACGAAGAAGUUAAAAAAACUACCGACCAAGUUUUAUUAGUGAAGAGAUCAUUUUUAGAUCAUGGUAAAUUGGUUUACCGUAAAGAAAAUGGUCCUGAAGUAGUUGUAGUAACUUUAAUAGAUUUUGAGAAAUAUGAUAGAGCCACUUUAGUCAAGAUCAUCCAAAAUAGGGUCGAUUAUGCUGAAAGACAUAAAUAUGGUGUUUAUAUACGUUGGAUUCAAGAAUUCUUACCAAUGUUAGAAGCACAAAAUUUACAAUCUGGUUACGAUUACAUUAAGCCAUUAGUAGUUCGGGCCGCUAUGCAUGCAUUUCCAAGUGCUAAGCACGUUGUGUUUGUCGACCAAAGAGCUCUGUUCAUGGAUAUGAACAUCUCUAUUCAAAAACACGUUCUAGAUCCAAAGGUUGUCGAUAUGGCAAUCCGUAGAGAUAUUCCUGUUGUUGCUAAUAGUAAUAUCAAGACUUAUCAUAACGUAAAGGUUGAAAACGUUAAACUACUAAUCCCACAAGGUAAAGAUGGUAACUUAGAUAUGUCAUGUUUCGUUACGUCUACUGAUAGCUUUGGUAAGAGAUUUUUCGAAUUCUUAGGUGAACCAUUAAUUAGAAAUUAUAACUGGAAUACUUUUGAACAAAGUGUGGGACAUAUAUUCCAAUGGCAUAGUUCCUUUUUAGCAAGAACUGCUAUUGUCUAUCCAAAAUUAUUUUCAAGUGUUUACAAUCCAGAAAUUAAGAAUAAAAUGGAUAAUGUAUUUGAAUACACUGAGGGAGAUUUAAUAAUAUCAUUUAAAGGCUGUGAUCAGAGAGGUUCUUGUGUAAAAGAUAUUAAUGAAUAUUAUGAAUUAGUUAAAAAAUAG